AUGAGAGAGGUUGCAGGUGUAUUCCUGCAAUGCACUCAGGAUUUUCUCCUUCCAGGUACUCAAACGAUUAAGUCUUACUCGUCGUAUAGAUGUAUCGAUUCGCCGGGAAGUGUUUCUGAUCUGCGUAGAAGUGCUGCUGUCUUUGUUAAAGGAUCUUGCGUGGGUGUGAUGAGCACAGGUAGAUGCAGCAAAGGGCAAAUAAGAUUGGAGUGGCGAGCUCAUGCGGCUUUGAGUAGCCCACGAUUUGAGUCUUCUGUUAAGAAUGGGACCAAUCCUUCAACCUUCUCUUCAAGAAUCACUACUGAUAUUCCUCUCUACGAAUCACAAGGGGCUUCCUUUGAUCAAUACCUGACUGAUCGGCCUAGAGUCUUCCAAGCAAUAUUCCCAGACAAGCGUAGAAGCCAGAGAUUGAAUGCGGAGGAAUGGAGAAUACAGAUGUUGCCCAUAAAUUUCUUGUUCUUGACUGUUUGGCCUGUAAUCGAUAUGAGGUUGAGAUGUAAAUCAUCAGGAGAAGACUACCCAACUGGAACUCCCUCCCAUGUCACAAGGGUCCUUGAACUUGAUGUGACAAGAUGGAAGCUCCAAGGCCUAGAUAAUGUUCUGGAGCCAUCCCAGUUUAAACUAGAAGUAAGAGGUGCCCUUUAUCCUGAUAGACAGGGAAUGCGAACCAGACUCAAAGGUCAAUUAGAGAUGGAGAUAAGCUUUGUGUUACCCACUGUGCUUGCCUUGGUUCCAGAAGAUUCUCUCAAAGGCAUUGGCGAAUCUGUGCUGAAGAGACUGGUGGAAAACAUGAAGCAUAGAGUGAAUGGAAGAUUGCUCUCGGACUACAGUGAGUUCAAAAGGGAGAAGCCCAAGAAUGUAAAGAGUUGAGCCUU